GCAGUAGGCGGACCCCUGGUGUGUGUGUGUAUGUGUGUGUGUUGAAGGAGUUUGAUUCAGAAGAAAGAGGGAGAGAGAGAGAGAGGGAGAUGGGGAUUUUAAACAUCACGCAGCAGACCCCAUUAAUCCAGGCGAUUUUCAGCCGAAAUGUAGAAGAUUUGAAGUUUUUAUUGCACAAAAAUGAAGAUGUGAAUGCACUGGACCAAGACCUUCGUUCCCCUCUGCAUGCGGCUGCUUUUUUGGGAGAUGUACGCAUCAUGGACCUUCUCAUCAAAUCAGGUGCUCGCGUUAACGCUAAGGACCAAGCGGGUCUAACUCCACUUCAUCGUGCCGCAGCUUCCAGGAAUGACAGGGCAGUGGGGUUGCUGCUGAAUCAGGGAUCAGAGGUCGAAUCCAGGAGUCGGCUCGGCGGGCAGACGCCACUGCACAUGGCCGCCUCAAACCGAGGGGUGAGGUGCGCUGAAGCUUUGUUGGCUGUAAUGAGCAGCGUGGAUGUCAUGGAUCAAAAUUUGAGAACGCCGCUACACCACGCAGCCUACAGCGGGGACACGGAGAUGGUGACGUUACUCCUCAGUAAAGGUGCCAACCCAAGUCUGAGAGAUAAUAAGGAGCGACAACCUCUGCACUGGGCUGCGUACCUCGGAUAUUUGGAGAUUGUGAAGCUUUUGCUGUCUUGUGGUGCUAAUGUGGCAUGCAGAGAUAAACAGGGUUACACACCUCUUCACGUAGCUGCUCUCAGCGGCCACAUUGACAUCGUCAAACACCUGCUCCGCUUCUGCGCUGAGAUGGACGAGGUGAACGCGUUCGGGAACACGUCUCUUCACAUGGCAUGUUAUAACGGUCAGGAGGCUGUGGCUAACGAGCUAGUGAACCGCGGUGCUAACGUUAAUCAGACUAAUGCCAGGGGCUUCACUCCACUUCAUCUGGCUGCCGUGUCUACCAAUGGCGCGCUGUGUCUCGAGCUGCUUGUCAACAAUGGCGCUGAUGUCAACGUGCAGACGAAGGAGGGGAAGAGCCCGUUGCACAUGGCCGCCGUUCACGGCCGCUUCACUCGAUCCCAGAUCCUUAUUCAAAAUGGUGCCGAUAUAGACUGUGUGGAUAAUUAUGGCAAUACUCCUCUUCACAUUGCUGCUAAACACGGCCAUGAGCUGCUCAUCAGCACACUGAUGACUAACGGUGCUGACACGGCCAGACAGGGGAUUUCUGGCAUGUUUGCGCUGCACUUAGCCAUGCUCUACGGGUUUUCAGACUGCUGUCGAAAGUUACUCUCCUCAGGUCAGCUGUACAGUAUUGUUUCUUCUUUGAGUAAUGAACACGUCCUGUCUGCGGGGUUUGAUAUAGACACCCCGGACAGUUUGGGGAGGACCUGUUUACACGCUGCUGCCUCGGGAGGAAACGUGGAAUGUCUUAACUUGCUGUUGAGCAGCGGUGCUGACUUGACAAAGAUGGACAUAAUGGGAAGAUCUCCUUUGCACUACGCAGCGGCUAACGGGACGUACCAAUGCACUGUAGCGCUAGUGAGUGCCGGAGCCCAGGUCAACGAGCUCGACCUGAAUGGCUGCAGCCCUCUGCACUUCGCUGCUGCCUCACACACCUUCCGCAGGGUCGACGCGGACGAGCACCAAAGUGACAUGCGGGAUAAGGAGGCACUGCUGUGUUUGGAGUAUCUGCUGGAUAAUGGAGCUGAUCCAGGGCUCAGAGACACUAAAGGCUUCAGUCCUGUUCACUAUGCAGCCGCCUAUGGCAACAAACACAACCUGGAACUGCUCUUAGAAAUGUCCUUUAACUGUGUGGGCGAUGUGGAGAGCAGCUUUCCUCUGAGCCCUCUGCACUUAGCUGUGUGUAACAGUCAGUGUGAGGCGGUGCAGCUCCUUGCCGAGACUCUGGUGUGUGUAGACGUCCGAGACAGUGCGGGACACACACCCCUGUACCUGGCUGCUCUGGAAGGUUUUGUGUCUUGCGUGGAGGUUCUACUGUCUCACGGAGCCUCGAGCUGCGUCCGAGAGCACACCAGAAGGUGGACGCCACUUCUUGGAGCAGCGGCCAGAGGACACACUGACUGUUUAUACGCGCUGCUGACCCGAGCGGACAGAAAUGACCUCAUCGACCUCAUGGACGAACAGGGGGAGACGGCGCUGAUGCUGGCCACGCUGGGCGGUCACAUCGACUGCGUGCACAUGCUGCUCGAGAGAGGAAGUAACCCUGACACAGGAGACAGACGCAGCCGCACCGCUCUGCACAGAGCGGCGGCAUUGGGCAAUGUGGAGUGUGUGUCAGCGUUAUUGGAUCACUCCGCCUCCCCGCUGUGUCGGGACGUUCGUGGACGGAGCUCUCUGCACUUUGCUGCCUCGCGUGGUCACGCUGAGGUUCUGCAGCUCCUUCUCAGCGCCGCGGUUCAGUCUGACCCACUGGACUCUCUACUGGACUACAGCAGAUACACACCUGCUCACUGGGCUGCUUACCACGGGCACAACAACUGUUUAAAAAUGUUACUUGAAUAUAAACCCUUAAGUAUCCAGGAAGGGAAUCCCUACACCCCCCUGCACUGUGCACUAAUCAAAGGCCACGAUGCUGCUGCUGAGCUUCUGAUAAGAACACUGGGCACCGAAAUCAUCAAUCUCAGAGACGCCAAAGGAAGAACUCCGCUGCAUGCAGCUGCUCAUUCAGAGGAAGUGUCCGGCUUGCAACUGGCUCUGUUCUGGGGGUCAGAGGUCAACUUGGUGGAUUAUGAAGGACGCUCACCUUUGAUGGUGGCUGCUGAAAACGGACAGACAUCUUCUGUCGAAGUCCUCCUCCAGCAGGCCAAAGCAGACCCUUCUCUGAAGGACAUCAACAACAACACAGCACUGCACCUCGCCUGCAGCAGGAGACAUGAGAUGUGUGCACUGCUGAUUCUGACUGAGAUUGACGAUCCUUCCCUCAUCAAUGCUACAAACAGUGCACUACAGAUGCCGCUGCACAUCGCAGCACGCAAUGGACUGGCCACCGUUGUGGAGGUGCUCCUGAGUCGAGGAGCUACAGUACUGGCUGUAGACGAGGAAGGUCGGACACCAGCGUUGGCGUGCGCUCCAAACAAAGACGUGGCCGAGUGCCUGGCGCUGAUCCUCUCCACCAUGAAGCCAUUCCCCCUUAAAGAUGUCAGCGUGUUCAAGCACUGCAGCAUCGCGGCUAACCAUCAUCCUUUACCGAAUGGCUACGCCAAGGAGCGCCAGGGCACUGUAGGCCUCGACAGCUGAGAUACACACAUGCAUACACAUGCAAAGCUUUCUUACACCUCCAGAUAUACUGUACCAUCUAUAUACCCUACAACCAUGGUAAAAAGCCAGGAAUGUACCACUGUUUGUGUGUGGGGUUAUAUUUUAUUUGAUAUAGCUGUGCAUAUGCAAAUCCUUGCCCAUUUUUCACCUCAGCACAGUGUAGAUGAAAGAAUGAUGGGUUCUGUAUACGUUUCUACAAACACAACUAUUCUGAAAUUGCAGCCAUCUUUAGCUGGAGUCUCAAAUACUUUCUCCGAAUAAAAGUAACGCAAUUAAAAAAAUAAAUAGCAAGGAAAUCAUGCUGUGAGGAGUGGACCAGCUCAUAGCUCCGCCUUCUCUCAUUUUCUAUUGGCUCAUGCAGCUGAGGUUUACAUAGUAGAGUAGAGCAUUUACCUCAAGCAAACUCUGCUGAAUUUUGUUUGAUAUCUGACGCUAAUCGCUGCGACCUCAGAAGGUUAACGACUGUUUAAUUUAAUUUUUUUUUUAUUAUUAUUAUUUUUCUAAAUAUCUCCAGACUUUUUAGCGAUGUCCAGUGCCUCCACUAAUGACGAUCGAGUCCUUACUUUAUUUUUUUUUUAUUUUACACUUUUCUGUAACCUCCUAAACUUAAACGUUAAUCUUCUACAAUCUUUCUAACGAAAUGAGAGGAAAACAUCAAUGCACACACGGACGGACACACUGUUCAUUAGAAUCACGUGGCCUCAUUAUUAAUUUAUUUAUUUACUUGUCAAUGCCAUGGUUUGCACUUUUUUCUGUCCAGGAGUGUUUGUGAGGUAGGGCUGGCCCAACAGUAUUUUACUUAUGUUACAGUAAGACAUACAAUAGUUUAGACAUGCUGCAGUUCAAAAUCUAUCCAGUAGGGUUAUGACGUAUGUGUAUUAGCACACGAACUGAAAUCCCACCUGAAGAUAUUAUUAUUACAUAUUUUUUUUAUUAUUACACAAAAACCAUUAAUGACAGACGGUGUGAUAUAUAAAUGGUUCUUUAACUAAAACAUAUCAACAAACACCUUUUUAUGUAAAACUUAAAAUUAUCCUUUAAAAUAUAGUAUAUUUACAAGUGCCAUUUUUACGCAACAAUACAUUUGAUUUGGUUUAAAAACAAUAUUAUUAUUACAAUAUUAUUAUUGUACAACAAUAUUAUUAUUGUUAUAAUAUUAUAUGACAUUUGUAUUAGAUUCAGGGAUACACAUCAACACACGUGUCUAUAAUCAUUAGUGAAGUUUAUUUAGUUUUAGUUUUAAGAGGCAUUAAAUAAUCAAACCAACACUGUAUAAAACAUAAUAAAUGACUACUUAAGCUAAGAUUAAGUAGCCAGCCCUGGUGUGAAGGUGUUCAGUCACUCAUGAGUCGCUGACACUAGACGAUAAGUGUUACAGCAUUGCUGCUAUAAUCACACUGCCUUUGUUUAAAUUUUGUUUUGCUGGUUUGUUUUUGUUUGUUUUUUCUUGAGCAAUAAUCGUCCAAGUGAUGAGACAUUACCUCAUAUUCCUGAACAGCUUUUCUGCAUAUCGGAUCAGAAAAACUGUAUUUGCACAGAGAAACUGCUUGCACACAUCCGAAGUCAAGUUUUUAAUUAAAAAAACAAAUCGAAAUUAUGAAAUUAUCAAAAUACUGUAGUGCUGUAACAGACAGAUCUAUGCUAACAGCAUAAGUACAGUAAUAACUUCUCUGCCAUCUUUAGAAAAACAAGCUGCUAUAAGAAGAAGCCUUGAGCCAUAACUUAUGCUUACACUUGUGGUAAAAAAGAAAUGACAUAAAUUUUGUGUAAGAGCACGAGAUUGUACCAAAAACAGAUUAAUGUGAAUCUGAAGUGGGUGACAGUUGUUUUAAGACCCCUUUGGAAGCCCCGACUCCUUCCGCAUCUCACAAUAAUUAAAUAUUGCAUCAGGCGAUCUUGUCUCAAAUUGACUUUUACAUUUAUAAGUAUGAGUCGUCAGAGGGAAUGCAGAAUUAUUUAAGUUCAUUAAUGUACAAGAAAAUCUAUUUUGGAGAUUGACUUAGUUUGAGUGCCUUUAGCUUUGAUUACAGUGCACAAUGUGGUGUCUAGCUCGUGUGUAAAAUGAUUCCUUAUUCUCUCAGAACCACUGUUUCACUCUCUGAGUCGUGGAAUAUGGCCGUGCCAUCACAGAAGAAGAAAAACCCUAUAGAUGUGAUAACCUGGUCAUUUAGUACAUUCAGGUCAUCAGCUGACUUCAUUUUAUUGCCACGUAACGUUGCUGAGCCUAGACCUGAGCAACUAAAGCAACUCCAGAUCAUAACACUGCCUCCAGAGGCUUGUACAGUGGCCAUUAUGCAUGAUGGAGGCGUCGCUUCAUGUACUUCCCUCUCUUAUCUUGACGUGCACAUUAAUCUGGAAUAGGUUUAAUCUGAAUUCAAUCUGUUUAGUGCCAAUCUUGUGAGUUCUUUUCAUAUUGUGUGUGUGUGUAUGGAAAUGCUCUUACUUUUACUAUUAAAUACAGCUCAGAUUUCUUUUUUACCACGCAACUUCACCAAGUGUUUAAGUGAUCUCCCAUCGUGCUCAUUUGGGAUGUUUUUCCGAUCACAUUUUUUCAUUUUUUCUGUGAAGUUGAGGGAUCAGCACUAUCUAUCCAGGAUUUAAUAAUGUGUUGGACAGCUCUGGGCAGUGUAUAGUGUUUGUGUAUCUGUGUGUCCAAACAUUAACCAGUUUAAAAAGGUGCUUUUACACCAGUUAUUUGAGAAAAAAUACUAUAUUGAAAGUGUAGUGUGUGUUAUUUUUCUAUCGUUUUUUCCCCCUCCAUGUAAAUUUUGUGUCGUCUUGUUAUUCCUCUUUAUAUAGAGUUAGGAAUGCUAUUAUUUAUCUUCAGCUAUGUGCAAUUACACACAUCUAUGUAAAUACCUCAUAAGGGUAGCAAAGCCAGUGUGCAAGUGUGUUAGUGUUAGUUAUUGUGAAGAACUUAAAUGCGUGUAUAUCUUACACAAACCUGCAUCUUAACAUCAGGAGUUUUAGAUAAACUCCUGAAGGAUAAAUUCCCAACCGCACGGAGACUGAGCCUGAGACUGGUGUUGCACAAUAAAGAUGGACGUUUUUACUCUCAGCCUCACCACGGAAAUGUUCACUCAGUGAGUCUAAAUUAAUACGCUUAAAGUUUUCCUUCGCAUUUUAAAGAAGCACAAGACCUGUCUUCUUUUAUUAGGCAAUUACCAAUAGUUCUUUAGAUUGUCUGACUUAAAUUAUACAUUGUUUAUUGUUUAGUCAUUUAGUCAUUAGUUAACGGGAUUUUAAUAGAAAUGUUAGUAUGCAUUUGUGUAUCUGUUUAUGCGUGUGUGCGCUUUGGUGUUUUUCCUCUCAUUACAGUACGACUGAAUGCUCCAACAACAUACUACACUCAUUUAUAUACUCAAGGGCUUCUCAAAAACUGACAUCCUUUCUUUGUGUUUUAAAUACACAUGCACUCACUAUGUUCUCUACACACUACACUUUUGAGUCUACACAUCUCAAACAAAGAUUUUGCACUAAACAGGACUUAUUUGAAGAAUUACCACAUAAAGAAUUUACACGUAGUUUACACAUAAAAAGCCAACUAAUUUAAAGAAUACUGUAAACGUUCAUUUCUUUUGUUCUUGUUUUUUCCAUUCUGCUGCCUUUUUGCCAGUUGCAAUUUUCAACCCGGAACGAAACAAGCGCAUCAUAAUUGCUGAUUUUUCCUGAUCCUCUCCAUGAGUUAACCAAUUUAGCUACAUAAAGUGAAGUUUCUAUUUUAUUCCAAUCACACCACAAGGGGGCAACCCAAGACUGCCCGAUACAUAAGUAACUUUUUUUGCCAAAUUGUUAAGAUUUAUUUAUUUAUUCUUUCUUUCUUUUUUGUUGCGUAUCAAUUUUUUUAAAAUGAUUGUGUCCAAGCAUUUGUAACAAGAAACAGCCUUUGAAGUACUGUAGCACAGGUUUAAUUAGGUGUUGUAAAAAUAAAGCAUCCUCUCUUUGCCCUGAUCUUUUCCUCACUAUACAAAUCAACAACAACAAUAAAAAUAUUAAGCCUU